CGCGACUCGGACCGAUGCCUCUCUCGGCGGCCGCGUACCCAUCGAGAAACGGAGAAAGAGAGGACGUUAAGCGAGAACAGAGAGGCAGAUAUACCGCCGGUCAGUCUUCGGCGAGUCUUCGCCGGCUAGUGUGAAAUAUCGCGCCCAAGUGUUACGAGCCUACGGCCACGCGGCGCGGUUUCUCGCGGCCUAUCCUCCGCCGUCGCCGCCGACGGAGACGUCUGGUGCCACGACGGACGACGGCUUUUCCGUCGUUCCCCCUUCCGCUCCCCGCCGGUGGGAUCGCAUCCGUUUUCCUCGCGGGACGUUGCGAAUUCGGGAUCGGCGAAUCGAUCGACGGCGAAAACAAUCCAGAUUUUCAUCCCCCUCUCCCACGCCGUGAGAGUCUGCCUGGAAAACGUACCGCGUCGCAUGUGCUGUUUAUUUUUCUUCGUACAAACAGUUUGUAUUGCUGUUCAAUUGAGAGUCGGAAUCUCGAUUGAAUUUCCAAUUUGAGAUUAUAUCGGAAGGGGCGAAAGGAUCGCAAGUUACAGGUGACGUGAUUGGAGAACGCUGAAGGAUGCAACCGGCGGGCGCACCGCGAACGCCGGGUUCUCCAACGCGUUCCUCGUGCCACGAGCGCGAUCGGGAGCGCGAAAGGGAGCCGGAUCGAGAUCGCGAGCGAGAGCGUGGCGGAAGGCAGAAUCGGACGAGUCCUGUGGACGAUCGAGAGGAUCGCGAAGAGCGGGGUUCGAUCGCGAGGCAGAGUCUCGGGCCUCCUGCCGCGAUCUCGGGGAGUCAAGGAUUGCCGCUGUCUUUGUCGCUGGAAGACCGGGAGCUCUGGACCAGAUUCCAGUGCAUCACGAACGAGAUGAUCGUCACGAAAAACGGAAGGAGGAUGUUUCCCGUGGUGAAGGUUGUUGCACGUGGUUUGGAACCGGCAGCUAUGUACACUCUACUACUGGAAUUCGUGCAAGUCGAUCCCCACAGGUGGAAAUACGUCAACGGUGAGUGGGUACCAGGCGGGAAGGCGGAAGUGGCUCCCCCUAAUCCGAUUUACAUACAUCCGGAGAGUCCGAAUUUCGGCGCCCAUUGGAUGAAGGAGGCGGUAUCAUUUGCUAAGGUGAAACUGACGAACAAGUCGAACGGCAAUGGGCAGAUCAUGCUGAACUCGCUGCACAAGUACGAGCCGCGUGUACAUUUGGUCCGAGUGGGUGCCGAAGAACAGAGAACGGUUCUCACUUAUCGUUUCCCCGAAACGCAAUUCAUCGCGGUGACAGCGUAUCAGAACGAGGAAGUCACAAGUCUGAAAAUCAAAUAUAACCCAUUCGCGAAGGCGUUUCUCGAUGCCAAGGAGAGGCCCGCCGAUUCACAAACUUAUCCGCAAUAUGCUGGUGCAUUGUUUCUACCGCAGCCUACAAUGGGAUACGAAUACAACACUGCGGCGAUAGCUGCCGCGCAAAACCAAGUGUCGGCUUGUGUUAGCAAUCAUUUCUCUAAUUCCUGUACCGUCACCACGUCUGGUCACAGAAGCACCUGCAGAGCAGCGCCUUACACCUUGAGGCACAAGUACGUCCAAGAUGAACAGCACGCGGACGCGUACGCGCCGAUGCCGCUCUUGCAUUCCACGGCUUACGUGGCGGCUCCGGCCUGGUCGCCGCGGAGUCCGGAAUCGCUGCAGAAUCUCAAUUCCGCAUGCUUGCCGCCACCCGUGUCGCAGGAGUGGCCGACGUCGCCGUCGCCGUCGCCAACGUCGUCGCACACGGUCCUCGGCAGAGCCGUGAUCGGUGCCGUCGCCACCACGACCACCGUAACCGGUUGCACUCUGUACGUGCCGUCGAAUUUACCCUCCCAGGAGCAGCACGGCGGUCACUGCACUGAAUCGUCUUGGAUACAUUCCAGCGCGCUGGAACAGCAACAGCAGCAACAACAGCAGCAGCAGCAACAGCAAUCGUAUUUGAACUUGAAUCUCCACCUGCAUCAUCAGAUGUCCCCGUACGGUUCUGUUUCGCAUGCAGGGUUGCACCACGCGGGUUUACAUCCACAAGGUACAGAAUCCGUUCCUCCAGACGCGAACGAAUACGUUCACGAGUACCAUCACGCAUCGCCGGUGCAAUCGACCACCCCCGAUCAGCAUCGUCAUCAGCAGCAGCAGCAGCAGCAUCACUCCCAAGCGCAGAUGUUGCACUUGCAGGCACUGCCGCAGACGGAAACGUCUUCGCCGGUUAGUGUAGAGUACGACAGUCCACCUAAAGAGCACCCCCACAUACAGAUGGGCUAUCCCGAGCAAACCGCAGACACUUUGAACGAUGUGCAACAGCCGGACGACGACAGACGAUAUCUGACCACGGUCGUCGACCGCCAUCCUCAUCACCAUCAUCCACAUCAUCACAAUCAUCAUCGACAGGACACGGAGAUCGCUGGCGAGCAGCCGAACGCUUGGACGCCCUUGACACCACCCCCGGCACCGCAGACAACGGCCAUUUGACUCGAAUUUGUACCUUGGAAAUUAUGCACAGGCAUUACGCAUACGCGAGAACGCACGUCCGAGCUCAUUAUUAUGUGUAAAAUCAUCGCCGUGAGAAAUAUCGUCACAAUAUCGAUUUGGUGACGCGGCGCCAGGUCGAUGCUAAAUAUAUUAAACGAUUAAUCAAGAAAAUUUUUAUCGCGCACGAUAGAUAUUAAAAUGUUCAAUUUUAUCGAUCCGUCCUAAAUAAUGUAGUAUUUCGAUUACUUUUAAUCGAUCGCGAAUAUUAAUAUGUCAAGUAUGAGAAAAUAAAGUGCAGAUAAAAUAUUCUUUUCUUAAAUGUUUUGUUUUAUCCAUGUUGUAAAUUAAUAUUUCAAUAUUGUAAAUGUAAUGUGUACGCGUGUAUAGCAAAACUAUUUCUCAAAUAUGAGAACGUUUUAUGCAAGAUGUAUCACUUCCACACCUCAUUACUUUAAAGUAAUAAUUUUCUUGGGCAAGUAAUUGGCUUUAAUUUUUUGCUAGGGAAGAUAUUCAUCAUAGUAGUAAUCGUAUUAAUAAAAGGUUCAAGGUAGAUCA